AUGCCGCCACAAUAAAUCAAGCUCAAUUAACACAGCUAUCAAUUCAAUAUCAAGAUCCUAAAAUAUUUAAUAAUACCUCAACUACCCCAUCAUCUGUUCAACAUCAAAACUUUAUUCCAUAUGAUUCUCAGCAACAACAUACCAGGGCAACAAAAUAUUCUUCUAAUCAAUUAAAUGGCUACAAUGUAACUCCAACCAUUCAACAAUUAUCAGCGCAACAACCUAUACAACUACAAAAUUUUCAACAACAACUUCAACAGCAAUUGCAACAACAAGCUUUGCAACCUCAGCAACAAACCAUGCAAUCCCAACAACUUCAACAAAAAACUUUUUUAUCAAAUAAAUUCUCAACCCAACCAUCAAUCACUGCUUCAAAUAAAGAACUUCCUCAAAAGCCAGCAAAAAAAACAGGAAAUACUAAAAGAGUCAAGGCGCUAUAUGACUUUGCUCCUACUGAAGCGGGCGAGCUUGGGUUUGUACGUGGUGACGUCAUUUCGGUUAUUGAUAAUGAUGUUUAUAAAGAUUGGUGGCGUGGAGAAAUACGUGGCAAGACAGGAAUUUUCCCAGAAACAUUGUCAGAGCCAACACCUGAUGAUAUUGAAAAAGAAGCUGAAGUCGAAACUUUAAUAUUUGCACAAGCUCAAAAAAUAGAAAUUUUAUUGGAAAAGUUAAAAAGAAUAGAUUUACAAAAAAAAAAUGCCAUGGAGGAUGAAGAAAUCCAGGAACUAUAUAGUUCUAUGUUACCAAUUAGAUCAAAAUUGGUUAAAGUUAUUGAAAAAUAUAGUCAAAAGAAAGAUCAACUGAUCUCAUUACACAGUAAAUUUAUUCAGUCUACCAAGACUUAUGAGAAACUUAUGCAAGAAUCAAUUCAAAAAUAUGAUUAUCCAUCAUCUAUAUCAUACUCUACAAAGGUAGCUCAAAAUCCAAACUAUAAUUUAAUUAGCCAACAAAUUCCUCAAGAUUAUCAUUUAUUAAAACAAGAAGCUUCUGUUCUAGCAACUUUUCCUCAAGCUUCUUCGAUUUUGUAUCAACAACAACAGCAAUCUGAUAUGUAUAAUCAAUCAAAAUUUUAUAAUCCUCAAAAAAUUCAAUACCCAUUAUUGCCUUCUCAACAUCUUCAGAAUCAACAAAUUACAUACCAAUCUUUACCACAAGAAAUUUUAAAUCAGCAAAAUUUGCUCCAUGUUCAACAAAAUAAUCAAUUCACUCCACAAACUUUCAAUAAAAACAGCAACAACAUACCAGGGCAACAAAAUGUUUUUACUCAAAACCCAAAAUCUCGAAAUUUUACACAACAAGACCAUUUUGAAACAAAUGAUGAUAAAACUUUCACAUUCUUCUAA